AUGAAGCACCUCGAGGCAGGUGUCCCCGUCACUAAGCACACCAAAAAGCGUGUUUCCUGGGCAAUAACCCUCGCCCUUGCUGCUACAUGCGCUUUCUUCUACCGCACCGUGACUUGUCAUUCCCGCACGUCAGCGUCCCUAUAUUUCGGCAGCCGCCCUCAGGUCCGCAUCUCGGGAAUAACCCACGUUGGCUACUAUGAUCGGGCUCAUAGGCAAACCAAGUACCUCGGCAUACCUUAUGCGCAGCCUCCAACUGGAGAGCGCCGCUUCCGCCCGCCUCUUCCUAUUUCCGUACCGCACAAUCUCAGCCACGCUGUCAUCCAAGCCAACUCAUUCGGUCCUUCGUGUCCGCAAAGCACUCCCGUUCCGUAUCCCAUCUCCGAAGAUUGUUUGACGUUGAACGUCUGGGUUCCGGACGUUCCUGCACCUGUCACGCGCUCUUUGGGGGAAGAAAUAGCAAAAGGAUUGCCGGUGCUAGUGUGGAUAUAUGGGGGUGCAUUCAUUAACGGGUCCACCCAAAAGUACCCGGCAGACGCUCUGGUCGAGGCUGCGAUCGAUCUCAAAAAACCGGUCAUAGUGGCCAGUAUGAACUAUCGUCUUGGAAUAUUUGGCUUCCCUGUCGGUGCUGAACCAUCAGCUUCUGGUGCACAUAACCUUGGCCUGCUAGACCAGCGUCUAGCGCUCGAAUGGAUUCAUAAGAAUAUUGCACUCUUUGGCGGCGACCCCGAAAAGAUUACAAUCUUUGGUGAAUCAGCCGGGUCAGUCAGCGUCGGUGCCCAGAUGUCAUACCAGCGCGGGAAUACGGGCGGAAUCUUCCGAGCUGCAAUCAUGCAAAGCGGUACGCCUUCCACCAUGUCUACUUCAAUCCUGUCCUCUCGGACCCGACAAACGACGUAUGACCGCAUUGCACAAUACUUGGGGUGUCCUGUAUCGGGUGAGGCUGGGUGGCGCGAGAGCUUUAGUUGUGUCCAGAGCGCGAAUACAAAUGAUCUUCAACGCGCAGAGUGGAAAGUCCUUGAAAUCCCGGAUAAACUCAAGGCGACCGAUCCAGCCCCGAUUGCAUUUGCACCCAGUAUCUAUCCGAACGAUCCUUUCUUCUUUGACGGUCCGGAUAGGAUAGCGGAAAGGCACCAGUUUGCGAAUGUCCCGCUGAUUAUUGGUGGUACACUCGACGAAGGGACUGAUUUUGUCCCUUCGUUGGAGGAUACAGGCGCCCUUAGAUCGUACUUUACAACUACCCAACCAGGGCUCACAUUCGGAGUCGAGACUCCCGCCGCUCGCAAAGCGUUUGAUACAUUUGUGAGUAUGUACCCAGACGACCCUGCCGCCGGUUCCCCAUUUGGAACGGGAAACGAAACAUGGGGCAAGGGAAGGGGGACCAAGAGGGGCGCUGCGAUUUUUGGAGAUUGGUUAUUCGAGGCUCCGAGAAGGAAGUUUACGAGGGAGGCUGUCAAGGCUGGUUCACCAGUUUGGUCCUACCAGUAUGCACAACCAGGAUACUGGGCUCCCGAGUUUGGUGUCGGCCACUUUGCAGAUGUACAAAUGAUCUUCAGGUGGUUCGACACACACUCUGACCCAGAGAUGAUCCGACUUUCAGACACCAUUUUGAGUUUCUGGUUGAACUUUGUGUAUUAUUUGGAUCCGAGCCCGCGAGGUAGUCGGUUAUGGCUCGGAGGCGCUGUCGCUCCAGCUGAAGAUCCAUAA